AUUCGGCGGGUAAAUAGCGGAAGUUCUGAUGAUGGAGUCACUUCUUUGCAUGCCAGUCCUGUCUAUUCCCUGGAGCUUAAGCCUUAUAUAGAGGAACCAACAUUACUCAUAGCAUGUUCAAAUUUUGGAUCUCUUGAUCUUUGCCCAGACAGACAUGUUAUGGAUGAGAUGAUCAGACAUGAGUUUGUUCUCUCAAACAGAGAUGCCAUUGAUGAAUACUAUCAAUUUUUGGAAUAUACUUAUGCUGGGGUUGAUUUAAAAGAUGCUUCACAUGCAUUCCCUGGAUCCACUGUUCAUGAGAUUUUUGGUUACAGUUCAUGGGCCUCAGUUCGAAGAAUGACUGUUGGUCAGAAGGCAGCAGUACUGAGACUUCUAGCCAAGGUCAAAUUCAAUGAAAAACUUACAAAAAAUGUAAGGAGAUUUCAAAGAACCUAAAUCUCACCAUGGAGCAGGUGCUUCGUGUGUAUUAUUCUAAGCUCCGGCGUCGUAAAAGAGCUAAAAAAUUAAAUGAACAGGGGGCAGAAUGCCAACCCCUGAUCAUUAGUUCCUUUUCUCGAAAAAGGAAAAGAUCUGCAAAAUGUAGAGCUUUGAAUGAUAGAAAAGUUGACAAUGAAACUGAACCAUUUUCUCAGCAAAACCUUCCUAGAUCAGCCGGCAGUGAUGAAGAUUUCAUAGGAGAAGAAAAUUCUACAUUAGCCUCUCCUCGAAAGCAUGAAAGUCAGUUGCAAGAACAGCAAGAAGAAGAUCAUUCAAAGGAUUCUGAAAGGCCUGGAGCAAAUAUUGACAAGUAUCAUUCCCCUAAUAAUGAUUCGGCAUUUUCCAAGUUGAAGUCGGCACAUCUAAGAAGUUUUAAGUGGACAAAAAACGCUGACAGCUAAGGAAAAUGAAUUAAUUAAUGCCAGUUCCAUGUUUCCAAUGAAGUUUCUGUAAAAUAUUCUAGGAACCUGAUUGCAUUUUGCCCCUUCACUCAAAUAAUGGGAAAAUUAGUCUCUGUACAUUAGAUCAAAGAGCAAGCUAGCCCUUUCUGAAAAAAAUUUCAUCAAUUUCUACUGUUAAAAACUGGUGUGAUUGACAGAAUAACCAAACAGUUACACGUGGUGUGUCAAGUGUAUUUCAUGCUAACAUACGUGGACCAGUUAAUAAAGGUAAAAAUGGAUGGAAAUUUUAAUAGGACUGGUUUGCUCUUUGAUCUAAUGUAUAGGGGUUAAUUUGCCUAUUUCUUGAGUAGAGGGGGCAAAAUGCAAUCCAAUCCCUAAUAAAGGAAAAGGUAUAAGGAAUUUUCUUUUGGGUGAA